AUGAAUGAAGCGGAUUUGAUAAUUCUUUUUCAGGCAGAUUAUGGUAAAAUAUUGACUUCAGAAGUUUUACCAAAAUAUUUUGCUUUCAUGUCCAAGUUAUUGAAAGAAAAUGGUGGUGAACAUCUUGUAGGAUCUAAGCUUUCACUUGCAGACGUUGCUUUCUUUGACAUGCUUGAUAAAAUAACGGGAAGUAAAGUUAUGGGAGCAGAUUUAUACAAAGACUUUGCAGAUAUCAAAACGUUUUACGAAAACGUACAGAAAUUGCCUAAAAUUAAAAGUUAUUUAGAGAAGCGACUGCCAUCUGACCUGUAACUGAAGCGUCACUCAUCAUCUUCAUUUGAUAUGUGUAUAUUUAAACAUUUAUAUAGUUCAGAAAAAAACGACUGAUUUAUGCGAACAAAUUGCAGGGGGCCUGUACCAUACGUUUUAUUCAAUAG